AGAAUCCAUCUCCAGGACUGUGUCUUCUCUGCUGUAUGAGGCCCAAGUGGCUCUGGCUCAGAUCGGUCUCCCUGUGACCUGCAGCUGCUAUGAGGUCCUCAGGAAGGAAGUCAGGACUCCUCAGAAGGCAGGAAAUGACCUCAGUGUUUUUUGAGGAUGUGGCUAUGAACUUCACCCAAGAGGAGUGGGCUCUACUGGAUUCUUCACAGAAGAAUCUCUACAGAGAUGUGAUGCAGGAAGUUCUUAGAAACCUGGCUUCUGUAGGAGUCAGAUGGGAGGAACAGAAUGUUGAAGAUCAGAACAUAAAUCCUUGGAGUCAUAUAAGGCUGAUCAUACCUCACUCUUCAAACAAACAAUAUAAAAGUGAGGAAUGUGGAGGGAAGCAAUGUGAAUAUAAACAGAACAGAAGAUCCUUCAUUUCUCUCACAAAUGUUCAAAGACAAAUGCACACUCUCAAUGGGCCUUAUGAAUGUUUGACAUGUGGAAGAGAGUUCAGUUGUUCCAGGUGUUUUCAAAAGUGUCAACAAUCUCAUACUGGCGAGCAGCCAUCUGGAUGUGAACAACAUGGAAAAGCCUUCACUUGCUCCAGUUCCUUUCAAAAACAUGAAAGAACCCAUAAUGCAGAGAAUCCUCAUCAGUGUGAACAAUGUGGAAAAGCCUUUGCUACUUCCUGUCUUCUUCACUCACAUGAACAAAAUCAUACAGAAAAGAAGCCCUAUGAGUGUAAACAAUGUAGUAAAGCCUUCUGUACUUCCUCUUCCCUUCGAAGACAUAAUCUAAUUCAUACUGUAGAGAAGCCCUAUGAAUGUAAACAAUGUGGAAAAGCCUUCACUAGUUCCUUUAAACUUCAUUUACAUAAAUGAACUCAUACAGGGGAAAAGCCCUAUGAAUGUAAGCAGUGUGGGAAAGCCUUUGCUUCAUCCAGUAACCUUCACUCACAUGAGCGAACUCAUACUGGAGAGAAGCCCUAUGAGUGUAAACAAUGUGCAAAAGCCUUCACUACUUCCUCUUCCCUUCAACAACAUAAUCUAAUUCACACUGGAGAGAAGCCCUAUGAAUGUAAACAAUGUGGAAAAGCCUUUGCUAGAUCCAGUCACCUUCACUCACAUGAAGGAACUCAUGUAAGAAAGAAGCUCCGUGAAUGUAAACAAUGUGGAAAAGCCUUUGCUUCAUCCAGUCGCCUUCGCUUACAUGAACAAAUUCAUACAGGAAAGAAGCCCUAUGAAUGUAAGCAGUGUGCAAAAGCCUUCACUACUUCCUCUUCCCUUCAACAACAUAAUCUAGUUCAUACUGGAGAGAAGCCCUAUGAAUGUAAACAGUGUGGGAAAGCCUUCCCCUGGUCCUCUUACCUUCAAAAACAUGAACAAACUCACACUAGAGAGAAGCCCUAUGUAUGUAAGCAGUGUGGGAAAGCCUUCUCCUGGUCCUCUUCCUUUCAAAUACAUAAACAAACUCAUUCUGGAGAGAAGCUCUAUGAAUGUAAACAAUGUGGAAAAGCUUUUGCUUCAUCCAAUCUUCUUCAUUCACAUGAACACACUCAUUCAGGAAGGAAGCCCUAUGAAUGUAAAAAAUGUGGGAAAGCCUUCCCCCAGUCCUCUUCCCUUCAGAGACAUAAUCAAAUUCACACUGGAGAAAAACCCUAUGAAUGUAAACAAUGUGGGAAAGCCUUCUCCUGGUCCUCUUCCCUUCAAAGACAUAAACAAACUCAUUCUGGAGAGAAGCCUUAUGAAUGUAAAAAAAUGUAGAAAAGGCUUCUGUACUUCCUCUUACCUUCAAAUACAUAAAUGAAUUCAUACUGAUGAGAAGCCCGAUGAGUGUAAACAAUAUGGCAAAGCCUUUGCUUCAUCCUGUAACUUCCUGUCCCAUGAAAAUUCUCAUACUGGAGAGAAACCCCAUGUACGUAAAUAUUGUGAAACCUUUAGUUGUUCCACUUAUCUUCAUGUGCCUGAACAGACUCACACUUGAAAGAAGGUCUAUGAAUGUAAAUAAUGUAUUGAAUUUUCUUUUUUCUAAAUACACGAAAAAUCUCAUAGUCGAGAAAAGCCCUAUAAGGGAAAUGGUGUGGUAAAGCCUUCAGAAGUUUGGCUUAUUUUCAAAUACAUGAAAAAACUCAUUUUGGAGAAAAACUUUAUGGAUGUAUGCAAUGUGGGAAGCCUUCACAUAUUCCUGUGGGAUUUAUGUACAUAGAAACAUUUAUACUGAAGAAGAGCUCAGUGAAGGUAAAUAGUGUGGAAAAGCCUGUACUAGUUGUGCUUAUCUUCACGUACAUGAACAAACUCAUACUGGGGAGAGGCCUCAUGACUGUAGACAAUGUGGUACAAUCUUUUCUUAUUCCAAUUCAAUUUUAAAACACCAGAGCACUCAUACUGGAGAGAAUCUGUAUGAAUAGAAACAAUCUGGAAAAGCUUUCGGUACUUCUCACCUUCAAGUGCAUAAAUGCACACAUACUGCCGAGAAACCCUGUAAAUGGAACAACAUGGGAAACGUUUCACUCAUUCUUAUCAGUUUUGAAUUAUACACAAAUUCACACUGCAUUGAAGUCUUAUGAAUGUGAAAAAUAUGCAAAAGCCUUUAGUUGAUCUUAAUAUCUUCAAAUAUAAGAACAAACAUACUGGUGAGUGUAAACAAGGUAUAUAUAUAUCCUUCAUUUGUUGCAGUUAUGUACAAAAACAUGAAGUAAUUCAUAUUGGAACAAAGCUAUAUAAAUGUAAACAAUUGGAAACACAUUCCAUUGGAGCAAUUCCCCUAAUAAGCAUUAAAGAAAUGGUAUGUAUAAAUGCA